UAGCAGGAGGCAGAGCUAGCAAGCUAACUAGCUACUUUAUUCCCAGUAACCCUGCUAGGAAAUGGAGCUGCUGCUCUGCAAAACAUUCUCCACAUAUGCAUGUGGCAGGCCAGAAGAUCACCAGUUUAAUUAACCACCCUGGAUGUUUUUGUGCUCGGAGUGGGAAGACGAAUCGGCGACAUUGUCAUCGGAGAGUUUGACAGGAGUGAAAUUCCCACUACUGUACUUCGGGUUUUCUCCUCCAAACCAAAGCAAGAUGGACUCUCAUUCGGCUUGUCUGUCUCGUCACAGCUUAGAUCGACAUUUUGCUGAGAGAUAAAAGAAAAAUGUGUGCUUAGAGGUCAUCGUCAUUGUAUGACAAAGGCUGUGGCAGAUUCAUCUUCAUCAUUCAUACAGCAUUUCCAUAGUUUUUCUUCAGUGCGGUAGUACCAUGAAGAGUGGAGGAAGGGGCAAGGAGCCACCUGUUGCAGGGGAGGUCACCGGCAAACGCCCCAAACGCAAAUGCCUGCAGUGGCAUCCUCUUCUCUCCAAAAAGGCUCUGGAUUUCUCUGAGGAGGAAGAAGAAGAAGAUGAAGAAGAGCUGGAGAAGCAGCCAGUGCUGUGCAGUCAGGACCGAGAUCCACAGGUGCAGAGUGGAAGCACAACAGAGGAAGUUGAGGAGGACUCUAAUGAACAGCGAGCCCGCCGGCCAAUGAAUGCCUUCCUCCUCUUCUGCAAACGUCACCGUUCCCUGGUGCGGCAGGAACACCCGCGCCUCGACAACCGCGGAGCUACCAAAAUCCUGGCCGACUGGUGGGCUGUACUGGAGCCCAAAGAGAAGCAGAAAUACACUGACAUGGCCAAGGAGUACAAGGAUGCCUUUAUGAAGGCGAACCCAGGCUACAAGUGGUGUCCUACUACCAGCAAACCAGUGAAGAGCCCUUCCUGUCAGCCAGUCAGCAAUCCUCGCAAAAAAGUUUGGUCCAUCUCCUGCAACUCACCCAAGGACUCCACUGCCAAAAAAGUGCCCAAAACCGACAGCUUGCCACAGUUAAACUUUGCCAUGGCAGAUCCAACAAAGAUGGGAGGCCUUAGCAUGCUGCUGUUAGCUGGUGAACAUGCCCUCACAAACAGAGAGGUCCCUCCAAGCACUAAACCUAGUUUACCUGACAUAGCUGAUGAGGGAAACUCCUUUCCACAGGAUAAGGAUGAGAUUUUGUCUCAGACAACACCAAACAGAGUGCCUGACAUAACUGAAAGCAGGGUCAAGUCUGCCCUUUCCCCGGUGGCAGAGUCAUCGCCGUCAGUGGCUGCUGAAGGAAAACCAUGCAGACAGUCUGCUCUCUUCCAGCUGGCUGAGAUGUGUUUAGCAUCUGAAGCUGGAAAAAUGGACGCAGUUGUGUCUCAGCCAGAGGACAGCUCCUCUACAGCCUCUCUCCAGCAAACUACCAUCAAGCCAGAGAUCAAAGAGGAGAAAUCCGACACUGACUACUGUCCUCCCUCUGCUCACACAUCAGCCCUCUUUCCUUCUCUUCCCUCUGUUACUUCUACCUCCACUGAUGCCAUUCCCCAACAACAGAGCAGCCAAAGUGCACGUGUCAAAAAGAAGAACAAGAAGAAAGAGGCGGCCGAGUCGAAUGACGGCGAUGAGAUCCCAGCAAAGAGGAUCAGUAAGAAGUGUAACCAUUCAGAAUCAAACGUGGACAGUGUCUUUACUACGAUUGAGGCGGUGGCCAGAGGAACCUGGAUGGAUACUGAGGACAAGUCCAAGAAGAGGAUCCAUGCUGGUCUGACGGGUGGAAAUACUGGUUUGCCUAAAAAGAAAAGUAAGACCAAAGCUAAGACACUAGUGAAAGAGAAAGAAGAGGAGGUGGAGGACAGCGGUGGGCAGUAUGGCUCCGCUGAUGUGGAGCUUAAGGAAUGGAUGGCUGACAUUAACACCAAGACGAAAUCAGAAGAAGCUAAUACAGAAAGCACAGACCGCCAGGGUGACACUCCAGAACCUCCAGACUUUCACCGCGACUCUUCACCCACUAAGCUCAAAGAGGAGGACAAGGGGAAGGAGAGGGCAGCCGACAUGGCCUGCGAGUUUAACACAGAGAACCGAGGCUCCAGGAAAUCAGAGCGCAGUUGUAAAGGCGCCUUGUAUAAAACUCUUGUCUCUGAGGGAAUGCUGACUUCACUGAGAGCCAACAUUGACCGAGGUAAAAGAGGCGCUUUCCGUGCCUUUGAUGAUGCUAACUGGAGUCAUGACAGCUGGACAGUCUCACAGAUUGGACCUAAUCCCAAGAAGCUAAAAAAGUCCAAGUCCAAAGAUGAGUCUUCACAGGGACUAGGGAAACUGGAGGAGGAGUUUGAAAAGAAGUUCAACAGCCUGCCACAGUACAGCCCAGUGACCUUCGAUAAGAAGGGGUCAGCUGUCACCAGGAAAAAGAAGAACGACGGCUCUGCUAACCAAGAGGACACGUCUAAAGCUGGAAAAGUGGCUCAGAGUGAUUCCACCACACUGGAUUCAGCUUCAAAAGCCAAAUCAUGUGCCCCCCUUGCCAUAAUGUUCCCAGAUGUCCAGGGCACCACGAGUAUGGAGAUGCUGGUCGGCAGCCAGAAGAGGAAGGCUCGAAAGACCAAGAUCACACACUUGGUGCGCACAGCUGAUGGCAGUGUGUCUCCAGCUGAAGCUACAGAGGACAAAACUAGGGACCUGAACCAGGAACAGGAUAAGAAGCCAUUACCCCAACAGAAUUUAUGCAAUGAAAAAAGGUGCUACAGCAGUCCCAGAGCGGAGGAGGCAGAGAGGAGCACCGUACCACAAGAGCUACCUGCUUUCUUCAGCUUGGCCGCCCUCGCUGAGGUCGCCGCCAUGGAAAACGUUCACAGAGGCCAGAGUCGCUUGUCUCAGACUCAGAAGAAAGAGCUGGCUCAGACUCCAGUUCUCAUCUCCUGUGCCGACCAGUGAACUUCUGCUGCUGCAAUGAGAAGAUGACGUGAACGGCGGCAGCAGAGCUUUACUUUCCUCAGUACUCACUUGAACAGGAGGGAUUGGAUGGACUCCAACUCCCCCCCUUGGAGAGAAUUUGGUUUGAGUCAGGAUCUGUGGGGGAAAGAAAACCUCCUCCUCCUCUUCCUCCCUCUCCCUGCUUGAUGGUGUCUCAGUGUUUCUCCUGAAGCCUUCCUUUUGGUUUUAAGGAGGAUGCCUUUCUCCAGGGAUAGUUGAGUUUCUUUGAAGCUGAGUUAAAUGAGGCACUUCUCUAUAGUUAGUGGCGUGACCCUCUUCUUGGAGAAGCAGCAUUAAAACACAUUUUAUAGAAGCUAUUACGUCAUUUCUUUUAUCAAGCACCAGAUUUCAUUAACAAAAGCAAUCAUUUAAAAGCACGAGAGCUGGUCCAGUGUUUUGUGUUUUUAUGUAUCUGUGUUUUAAAUUUGGCCAGCAACCCAACUUUUUUGGCUUUGAAGACGGCAAUAUAACUUCUUCCAUUCCUAAAGUAGUCAUAUCUCCACUUCAGCUACGUCUAUGCACUUAAACCAUUAGCAGCAGUGCAUCACUUAGUUUCUGUGCUUGCUUCUCUAAAGAGGGUUUCCAACCAGGGUUGACUAUGGAUGAGAGCUUCAUAUCCUUGCGAAGAAAUCCCUGUAAGCCCCUGUUGACGCUCCAUCAGGACACAUGGAAGCUGCCCCCCCCUCCAUCCCCAGUGCAUGGCAUCCAGAUAUGGUUGAUUUACUGUUUUGUCCAGCAGAGGCCAUUUUUAAGGUCAAGCCUUGCAAGUCAAGAAAUUACUUUAUGUGAGGGGGGGGACACAAAUAGUGCAUUUUUUUCGUAGACAAAUGCAGCUUUCUAUCACUGUUUUUAUUUUACCUCACGCACACCUGCACUCCCUCCACCUGUGUGUUUGCGUAGCUCCUGUCACUUCCAUUCCCUCCAGCUUCAACCCAAAAUGACUUUAACCAGGGUAAAUUAUGAUGGAUAGGCUUCCAUAACCAACCCAUACAGUUUUUCCCUGUGUACUCAGACUGUAGAAAAAUCAUGGAUGCGCUUUGUUUUUUAUAUGUAUUUUAAGAUGAAGCUACUUUAGUCUCAGUAUGUGGUGGUGACAGCUGAUGUUGGACUGAAUGUGAAGAGUAGACGUGCGUCCCCUUUGCAUCUGAAAUAUAAGUAAUUAUUGCAAAGGGUGUUUGUCCUGUUUGUGUGUUCACAGCGUCAGUGAUAGUAAAUCUGCUUAAAAACCGCUUCUCAUCACGGCGAGCUCGAGUGAAAGCGAUACAGAUAUAGCCUUAACCCCCCCUCCCCCUUACGUUUGCUACCACAAACCGGCUUCUCUCGCUGCGUCAUCUCAGCCUCAGUCGGCGUAAACCUUUCUAAAUAGAUGAAUGCAGUUUUUGUCAUUACUUGAUUUCUGUUGCAGUUUGCAUAGCUGUUAAAAAGGUUGUUUUUUUUAAUUGAAUAGGUGUUUUUGUUGUUGAUUCCAUAAAGACUGCACUAAUUCGUAGCGGAUGUUUGAGUUGCUUGUGGAAGGUUGACGAAAUGCCUCGUCUUUGCUGGUCGCAGUGUUUAAUUGCUCCUGUAGGAAGGCUUUGUUUAAUUCAACGCUUUAUGCUACAUGUCUCAUAAAAUGAGCAGAUUGUUAAAAACAAUACAGUAUUAUAGAGCCGUGCAAAAGUCUUCAUCCACUCAUUUCUUUAGGUUUUGCUUCCAAGCAGCCAGACUUUGUUGGAAUCUUUUCUAAUGGUCUGGAGCAAUAGUUCUCCAGACUUUCUGAAGGAAAUCUUUGCUUUUUCCCCCUCAUUUUCAGUCCAGUUCAUUUACCUGAACAUUUUCAAAGGAAUGUUAUUUUUUGUUUAAACCACUGAACACAGACCUGUAAAUCAUUCAGUCUGUAAAAAGGUUCAUAACUGAAGGGAUGAACUAGUGCUGUGUUGACGCCUGUCACAAAGACAAGUUAUUUCUUCCCAUUUCUUUAGGUCCAUCUAUGAAACUCUCUUAGUUUCUUUAGGUUUUGUUUCCAAGCUGUCACAAUCUUUCACACUAUCUUUUAAAGUGGUUUUAAGUAAAAGUUCUCCAGACCUUCUGAGGGUUUUUCUUUCUACAUUGGCUGCUUUUUCACACAUUUCUAGUCCAAAGAUGGGACCAUUUUCACUGGAAUGUGUUUAAAAGCAACUUAAAAUUCAGAAAUUCAAGUAUUAAAAUGGGUUCUAACUCAAGGGAUGACCCAGCAUGUGUGUCGACACAUAACAAGGAACUUGUGAAAUUUGCGUCUAGUUAAGUUUAGUUGCAUUACUGAAAAACAGCAAAGACAAGACAGUUUGAUUAAAAAAAAUAUAUAAUUUCAGCAGCAACAAGAUGCUGACACAUAAGCCCCAUUUCUACCAACGAGUGCAAGUCGGGCUGAGAAGCUUUUUUUUGUUUCCACACACGAAAACUGGGAAGGAUCCCCUAAUAUCUGACCCGACCCGUCCUACUUUUUUGGGACCCUUCCAUUGGGGUACCAGUCUAACUGACCCGACCCAAAGUUUGACACACUGCAAUCUGUGGAUUGAUUGAGAAAAAAAAGUCACUUCCCGUGCAACCUUGCAUAAAAACAAAGCAGGAACAGCUCCUUGUUUAGAACAACAGAUUUGUGUUUUGGUCAUACUUUAAGAAGGGCGCUGCAAAGGCGUUCUGUUAUUACGUAGCUGAGGCAUCUAUCCCCAUCUGACUGAUACUCCGCCUCUCAGGUAAGGUUACUGUUGGCUGUGGGAACGCAACGAGAUUACAGUUUACAGACCAUAUCCACACCCUAACCGUCCCAUCCUGACUCACACCUGUUGGUGGAAAUGAGGCUAAAAAGCUGUUAGCUGGAAACUUGGCAUAUCGCAGCAUGGAGGCAGAAACUGGACACAUCAGGGACAAAAUAGGAAGAGUCAGGAAUAAACUAUCUACAGCAGAUGAACAGGAUCUGAAAUCUAGAAAAGGCCUGAACCAGGACCUAACAGAUGCAUCUGGACCUUCAGUUGAUCAGUCUACUGUUGGCCGAAGCCUCAUCAGAGAUGGUUUCCAUGGAAGGGUGGCUGUCAAAAAGCCAUUUUUAACCCUUUUAAACCUAACCCAAUAAGUAAUGGGUAGAAAAUUCUAAUUCAAAUACACAUACACACACUCGAGGACAAAAUUAUUAGCCCCCUUAAGAGAGUUUAAUUGUUUUGAAAGUAUAGUGUCAAGUGACGGCUCAAACCCUCAGUGAAGCUUUUAUACUGUGUGUAAAUUGGGAGAAAACCCUCACUUUUUCAUGAUUUUAUAAGCUUUGAGCAUAACAAAGUUAAAUACGAUCUUUGCACAACAGUGGUUUUUUUCUAUGGCUAAGUGAAAAGAUUGGCACAUAAGAGGGUUAAUAAUGUUGACCCUGGUCACUUUUAUGUUUCCUGAGUUCUGUUAUUGUGUGAAAAUAGAAUUAAUGUAUGUUUUCUAAAGACAUCUUUUAUAUUUAGAAAUCACAUACUGACGAUUCUUUUUCCUGUUAAAAAAAAGCACUUGGGAUCAUUUAGAAAAAAAACUUAAAUUUUAUAGGGGGCUAAUAAUUUCAUCCUCAAGUUUAUAUGCACCUUUUAUUAUAUGUCAAAAUGAUUGUAGUGCAAAAGGUGUUCACAAGGGGGCAGAAGACAAGUACCAGAUUGUUUAUACAACAGGGUUUUGAACAAAUUUUUUACCAUAAAGUUAUGCAAUAGGUCUCAGAAACUGUACGUAUCAAAUAUGAUACUUAUGGUGUUAAAAGGGUUAAGGAAAGGAAAUGAGGAAAAGACUGAUUGAUUUGUGCAACAGGUCUGAUGGAGGGAUGAAUCCUCCCCAGAGCCCAGACCUUGAACAGAGAAUGGGGGGGAGGGGAGCCAAUAUCCAAAGAAGAGCUUUGGAAAGUCCUUCAAGAAGCCUGGAGAACUUCCUGAAGAAUACUUGUGAAUUAUAAAGAGAUGACUGAAAGCUUCUGUAAGAGGGUUCAAUAAAGCAGCUCAGACCAAAUAUUCACUUUUAAGCUUUGUAGGACUUCUACAACUUCUGCAACUCAUUUCAAUGAAUCGCAGCACCUUGUUCUUGUUUCCAAGCUCAUAUAUAAAAAGAUGAAGAGCGGCUCUGCGCAGCAAAUUUGAUCUAUUUUUUCCUGCUUUUAUGCAGAAAUGAAAAUGAAAUCUUGUUGGAAUGUUUGGAGAUCAGACGGCGCUGUGCUCUGGCUCCUCCCAGCGCUCAUGCAGAUGAGGCAUUUUAAUAACCACCUUCAUUAUUUCCCGUUGGCCUUCUGAGAUUUAAUUCCCCUCAGUAAUGGUCUACCCAGAGGUCACGUGUUAAUAAUAAUUUUUAGCUUUUUAGAAGUAUUUAUAUAUCGAUUUAAACUCGUGUUUAUAUUUUUGCUUUUUUUCUUUUUUUUGUCCGUGUUUGGUCAGUCAUUCCAUCUGCCUCAUUCAUAGCCAUGCUCAUGUUGUCAGAUGCAGUAAAGCUACAGGUUCGUCGUCUUCCCCGAAGCUGCAGGCGCUAGGAAGAGCUGCAGCCAGACUCCCCAGCAAUACCCCCUCACCUCCUGACCCAGCAGCCUUGUGCUCCUCUGCGUAGACCAAUACUUAGAUUUUCACAUUUCUAACUUUAAUUGUUUUCUAUCUGAUUAUUUCUUGUUUUAGGUGUGUACAUUUACCAUCUUUUUUUCACGGUUUAUGAAAUUGUUUUUUUUUUUCUUGAGGUUAAGUAUGCUAGAUGGAGACUGUCCAUCUCUCUGUUAUAUGUUCAGAAGGCUUUCUUCAUACGUAAUGACACAACAGAUAAACAUGUGGGUCUUAGAGAGCUAAUUAUUCCUGAAAUAUAGAGUAUUUUUCCUAAAUCAAAGCAUUGAUAACAUUUUGCUUACGUAGGCCCUUGUGUGCAAAUAGUGUUGUACAUGCAACAAACUGUAACUUCUCUGAAUUUGUGUUUAAAAUCUAACAAACUGCAUGUUUCCCAUUUAAUCUAAAGGGAACCAGUGUGCUUUGUGAUAACUUUAUUUAAAAAAGAAAAAAAAAACAUAUAUAUUUUCAGAUAUGAGAGAAAGUCGCGUUCAGGAUGCAAGCAUCCGAUUGGUUUAGUUCUUCUUCCACCGAGAAAGAAGUGUGAUUCUUUGCAGAGACAAAGAAAUCGUCUUCCCCCACAAAAAAAAAAAGGUAAAUUGAUAUAUUUGCUUAGAGCAAGUGAGUUUAUUGACAUUUGCCAAAGAAAUGAAAAGGUAUAAGGAAAAAAAAAAGAAAGCUAGAGUAACUUGUACUGGAUUUUCUAGGUGUUUGAAUCUUCAGGUAACACUAUCAGCACAACUCAUCCUGCAUCCGAUGGGAUAUUCUUUGUGUUUGAACCCAGAGGGCAACAAAAACGGCACCACAUAAUGCCUCUUUUAAUAAAUAAAUAAAAGUAUUUGCACCUUAUGACCCAAACCAAAAUGAUCAUGGUCUUUAAAGAAAAAUUAUCAUUUUUACCCACUAUGUAAAUGAUCCAUUUUAAUUAUUAUAUACGUACCUGAGAAUCCAGUCAAUAAAACCACACAUCUAUAGAGCAGCCAUAUUCCUGUCAUACCCCUGAACCCCUUCCUUUUUCUAUCUAGAAAAUGCUUAUAUAAUGUUUAAAUUCCUAUAUUAGUUACCAAAAUGACUAUAAUACCCUUUUGUGCUAGUACUGUCUUCUUGAAUGUAAUCAUUUUUGUACCUGUAUUUUUCUAAUUCAGUCUUGAUUGUACUGUAGGUAUGCUAUGACGGUAUACUGUUCCUUAGGUGCGUAGUUUGUUACAACAGUUUUCACGACAGGUUAGCUGCUGCGCUGUGAUCUCAGUGGAAAUGAGUGGAGGUUUUUAAGUCCAAAGGACUAUAAUCGUACCACGUGAGCAUCCAUGAGACUGAUAACUGAGAGAUUUGUUGCAUUUUUUGAGCGGUGAGGGGGCGAUAUCAUUCCCUGGUUUGCUUUUUCCUUUUUUCUUUUUGUUUUUUUUGCAGUAAAAGUGAAACGUCUGUUCAGGACCGCUUAUAAAACAGGGACACUCCUGCAAUCAGAGGCGAUUGAAUGCUUGAGUUUCGACUUAUUUAUUACUGUUCCUUUUUAAAAGUUUAGUCAAAUAAAAAAAGACAAAAAACAAUGAAAACUGACUCGAUAUGCAUCCGUUUAUACAUGAACUUGUAUAAGAUUAUCUGCCCUUUACUGGAAUGUAGAUUAUUGCCUCCUUAUUUUUGUGAUGAAGAAGUUAUUCCACAUAUUCUAAGUCUCCUUCCUCUGAUAGUUUGUACGUCACGUGACGUUUGUUCAUCAUGUGCUUUCUAUAAUUUAUGUAAUCGGUGUUCAUCAUGACAUAUGCAUUUUUGAUUGUUGAACCCCACUCGUUUAAUGCAGCCUUGCCUUACUGGAUUCCCUGCAUAGUGUGGGAUCCCUCAGCCACCCACCCUCCCCAAACCUUACCCACGACUCUGUCAUAACACUGUUUGCUGAUGCAACUAUUACUUCUUCAACACCUAUUAAAAUAACAUCUAUUACA